AUGUUCGGCUGCAAUCAAUCACUCCUUAUACUCGGUACAAUUAUAUUCGGCCUGAAACUUAUUGCAGAAGUCAUCAUGGGCAGUCUCAUAUUCUAUCAUCUAAGAGUCGUACAACUUCCUCCCUCGUAUACCGGCUGCAUCCCAUUCAACAUCCAACCAUGGGCCUGGAUGUUCUGGAUACCCAAAGUCAUCUAUCAUACCGCAAUGUUUGUCAUCAUCCUUGUCAAGCUCGUGCGCGAGAUGCGAGAUGCAAACCCGACUCCACGUAUGAUGGUCCUGCUCCUUCGAGAUUCGGCCACAUAUUACAUUACCAUCACUUUUUCUGGCAUUCCUACCGACAGCUACCACGAUAUCCUCCAUCAUGAGCUACCGAAUGCUGGUGAGAAUGCAGCAUUUUAA